UUAGGUUUUAUUAGUUUCCUUCUCUUCUCGGUCUCUCAACCGUAUCUUUCUUCGUAUAUAUUAUCUCAUCUUCUCUCUCCGGUAACUGAAUCGAAACCCUAAUAAUUUCUGAAGCUAAUAAUCGAUCUAUCUCUCAAUUUCUUUUAUCCAUCUCUUGCUCUUACACUCGCGGAAGAAACUUUUGUUAAUUUUUUUCAGUUGUUUGUGCAAUUCCGUUCACAAAACUAGUUAACCACGAAUUCAAUGGCGACAACUUUGGACAUGGCACUUGAUGAUAUUAUAAAGAUCAACAAAAAGCAGAGUAAUAAUGGCAGUAGAGGGAGAGGACGGGGGAAGGGUCGCCAAGGCCAAGGCAAAGCACAAGGAGUCGCAUUAAACCGUGGAAAGGCAAUGCGAGUAGCUACUAAAGGGUCACUCAAGGUGAAAGCUCGGCCAUCGGGUUUCAAAUCAACUGCAAAGCCCUCCAGAACCAAAGGUAUUUCGUUGAAGCCUGAUUUGUUUGAAGAUAGCCUAGUAGCUGCUUGGUAUCCUGGGAUUGAAACUGGCACGAAGCUAUAUGUUUCUAAUCUGGAUGUAGGAGUAACCAAUGAAGAUAUCAAGGAGCUAUUUUCUGAGAUAGGAAGUCUGAAGAGAUACUCAGUUCAUUAUGACAUGAAUGGUCGACCAAAUGGAUCAGCCGAGGUGGUGUUUAAUCGAAAGGCUGAUGGAUUAACAGCCAUGAAGCGAUAUAAUAAUGUUCAACUUGAUGGCAAGGCGAUGAAGAUAGAGAUCAUAGGUACCAGCUUGGCAGCACCAGUUUCAACUCGUAUUAGUGUGAUUGGAGCUAAUGGAAGAGGGAAAAGGACAGUCAUUAUGACGCCGGGCAUGGGUCGAGGAGGAGGCGGCUCUGGUUUAUCAAACCGUGGAGGUAGUACAAGGAACAACCGUGGUGGUGCUCAACGUGGUCGGGGGGGAGCUAAAAGCCGUGGUGGCGGUGCUGGCCGUGGCCGAGGUGGCGGUCGUGGAAAGACUAAACCAACUGUUAAGUCUGCUGUCGAGCUUGAUGCUGAACUAGAGAGUUAUCAUGCUGAAUCUAUGCAAUCUUAGUAAAUAUUUGCAGCUAACUAGUUGAUUACAAGGAGUGACUCUAUUGUAUAAAAACCAUCCUCCUGUGGUAGCUUCUUUUGAAUCUUUUGCUUUGGGAUACGUGCUUUUCUUUUGUCUUCAGCAAGUUUGUUGCUCAUCUUUGCAGUUUGUCGAUCAAGUAUUCUUUUUCUUUUAGCAGCAA